CAACUCUUUAAUGUGGCUUCAGGUGAGUCUGCUCGACAGCAAGAGAAAUGAGUUGUUACGGCGACCAGCACACAAUGCUGUCCUCAGAUGAUGUGCUGCCCCCUCCUGGUGACUUCCAGGUCCUGUUGCUGACAUUAGAUUCUGUAUCUCUGAGCUGGAGUUCUCCUCAGGGGCUGACAGGACCACAGACAUUCAGAGUGACCUGGGGGUGUGACGGUGAAACAAGCUCAACAAGAGUGAAAGGUGGGCUUUAUCUUGAAAUAAGCAGUCUCAAACCUGGUGAAAAGUACCAGUUCAACAUGGCUACAGAGGGAGAAGAUGGAAGACAAAGCAGAUGGGUCUCAGCAUCCCUAUCCACAGUGGUCCCACCCAGAGAUUUAAAGAUAGACCAUUUGGAAGAGACGUCCUUCACUCUCCACUGGUCCAAGGCUGAAGGGAUGGAGAAAGUCCCACAGCGCUUCCUCAUAUCACACUGCAUCCUAGGAACAGACCCCCGUGCAGCCAAUACUGACCACUGCAACAAGACUUUCUCAAACCUGCAACCUGGCACAGAGUACACUGUUAGUGUUGCAACUGUGCUGAGCAAUGGGGAACAGAGUGAACCUGUCUCUACAACAGUCUGCACUAGUAUUGGAUGGAAGGGGAACCUAAUAACUUGAUUGACAAGAUGAAUUGUGUUGAGAUCUCACAGACGGCAUCAGACCCAUUGAAGAGCUGGAAGGCUGCACCAUGUGCUACUCCAAAACACUGGGUGUGUGAAAAACCAUUCACACUGUAGUCUCAUUAUAAUAGCUAAUGUAAUUCGCUAUCUUAUGGGGUUGAACUGGUUUUCACUGUGUUAGGCUGAACCUGUUUUUGUUUCUAUGUGUAACUACAUUGAAGGAGCGUGCAACAGAACAUUGUACUGUCCCACACUCAGUUUGUUGUUUAUAUUAAGUACUUUUCAUUAAAUCGAUUUUAUUCAAAACUAAAGUUUUGUUGCUAAGGAUUCCACGACGCGGUUAGCCUUUACGGCUGGGACUGCAAGUUUGUGUUCCAUUUUUUGCGUGGAUUCCGCGAGUGCUAGCUGGCUGUACUACAGACACCUGUCGUCGUCGUGGGAAAGACUCAUUGUUAUCUUUUCAUAAAACAACUGGUUGCAGUAUAGAGCCAAUCUGGAUACCAAGCAGAUCCUGAGGGAAAUCGACGAGUACCAACAGCGUUACGCUAUGGAGGAACAUCAUACUCCUUCUCAGAAAGAUCCUACCACCUCACAAAAUAACUUUAACCCGACAAUAAAAAGAAAAACAGAUUAAUCUACAGACACGGACGCUUUACUUAGCAUUGAGGUAGAGGCUAGUGCUCUGGCUGGAAUCCAUGCAACAGUGGAAAAGUUGUGUGAGGAGGCAGCAGGGCUGAGAGGGAGUUUGGAGUUCAGCCAGAGGGAAAUUCUCAAGCUCCAAAGAGAAAACAAGACACUCAAAGCCAAGGUAAAAAUACACGAUUCCAACAUGGAUUGUCUACUCAGGGAAAACAGGGUGACGAAGGAGUCGCUACUAAACACAAAGUCGUAGCAUGUGUGAAAAUAUAUUUUUUUCUGGUAUUCCUGAGGACGCAUCCAAUAAUCCAGAGGGCGCGAUCAGAGAAUUCAUGCA